AUGGAACCAGCCUGGCGACAUCACGGCCGGGGGCGUGGUCGCGGGGAUGGAGGUCUGCGGCCGCGAGCUCAGCCCAAGGAGAGAGAGCGACCCGGGGCCGAGCAGGGGGGCAACAAGAAGAGCCCAGCACAAACUCCAGCCGCAGCUGCGUCCGUGGAGUCGCGUUUCGAGGAGAUCAGGAAGUCAAACAUUGCUGCGGCUCAGCGAUUGGCCGAGAGGGGUUUUAGCUCCUCCUCUUCAGACGAAGACGAUGAUGAAGAUGUGUCAAGUAAAGACGGAAAGAGAGGACAGAUCCUGGCAUCAACCUUCACCUCGUACAGCCAACAGACAGGAGGGGACAGUGCUGGUCUGCAGAGGACUGGACAGUAUGUGAACGAGCUGUUCCAGUCUGGAGCGUUGACCUGCCUUAUCUGCAUCGGCUCCGUCAAAAGAACACAACCGGUGUGGAGCUGUGCCGGCUGCUUCUCGCACUUCCACCUCCCCUGUGUUCAGAAAUGGGCUCGAGAUUCAGUCUUUCUGGUGUCUUCAGUCACAGAUGAGGAUUUUGGACAGAAGCAACUGCCCUGGCCCUGUCCCAAAUGCAGAGCAGAGUAUCCUCCCAGUGCCACUCCAAACAGGUACAUGUGUUACUGUGGGAAAGUGCAGGACCCUCCGUCAGACCCCUGGCUCGUCCCUCACUCCUGCGGCUCUGUGUGUGAGAAGAGACUGAAGCCGGACUGUGGCCACACCUGCCUGCUGCUCUGCCAUCCAGGUCCGUGCCCCCCAUGUCCAAAGAUGGUGUCAGUGACGUGUUUGUGUGGAAAAGCCAAACCUCUGCCUCGACGCUGCAGCAAUAAGUCCUGGUCAUGUCAGCAGGUCUGUGCUAAAGUCCUCCCCUGUAAACAGCACACCUGUUCCCAGCUCUGCCACUCCGAGUGCCAGCCCUGUCCCAGAGUCAGUGUGCAGAAAUGUGCGUGUGGACGGGAGCGGAGAGAGAGGCCUUGUGCGGAGCCUCUGUGGAACUGUACACAGGUGUGUGGUCGUCCUCUUUCCUGUGGGAAUCAUACCUGUGAAGAGGUGUGCCACAGUGCCCCCUGUCCUCCUUGUCCUCGUGCUGUCAACAGGACUUGCCCUUGUGGGAAAACUAAGAGCUCAGCGGGCUGCGCGGAGGAGGUGCUGCCCUGUGGAGACACCUGCGAUCGACCUCUGACCUGCGGCAAACACAGCUGCUCCCGGAGGUGUCACCGCGGCAACUGUGACACGUGCCGACAGGAGGUGGAGAAGGAAUGCCGCUGUGGAAAACACCGGAAGCUGAUGCCGUGUCACAAAGAGUAUCUCUGCGACUCCAAAUGUUCCAAGACGCGCAGCUGCCAGCGCCACCAGUGCAGGCGCAAGUGUUGCCCAGGAGAGUGUCCUCCCUGUGACCAGAACUGUGGCCGCUCUCUUGGCUGUAGGAACCACAAGUGCCCCUCUGUCUGCCACCAAGGUGCGUGCUACCCCUGCCCAGAGACCGUGCCGGUGAGCUGCUCCUGUAGUAAAACCGUCUUGGUGGUGCCUUGUGGGAGAGAGAAGAGCACCAAACCCCCCCGAUGUAAAGAACUGUGCAGGCGCCCCCCAGAGUGUCACCAUCCGUCACUCCAGUCGCACCGCUGUCACCCUGGUCCCUGUCCGCCCUGCACUCUGCCCUGCGACCGCGCUCUGAGAGGCUGUGACCACCACUGCCCCAGGCCCUGCCACGACCGCGUCCUGGUCCAGUCACAGCAGGUGCAGUUGGCUGGACCCUGGGAGCAGCCGUCUAAGCCUGCCUUUGAGAAGAAGGCUCUGCCCUGCGCUCCCUGUCAGGUCCCCAUCCCAACGUCAUGUUUUGGAGGCCAUGAGGUGAGUCCUGUGCCGUGUCACCGCCGCGGCCCGUUCUCCUGCGGACGGCAGUGUGGAUGCCCUCUGACCUGCACCAACCACAGCUGCAGCCGCCCCUGCCACCCGGUCGCCCCCGGCAACAAGUGUGAGGAGUGCGAGUUGGGCUGCCUGAAGCCACGGCCCCUGGGCUGCCCUCACUCCUGCUCCAAGCCCUGUCACAGCGGCCCCUGUCCCCCCUGCCCCCAGACCCUCCGCCAGCGCGUGCCACUGCAAGAUCAGCUGCCUCUACAUCGCUUGCACAGAGUGGACUGCAGCCGACGACGGGACAAAGACCAAACUCUGCUCCUGCAACAACCAGUGUCCCAAACAGGUGCGUGCUACCCCUGCCCAGAGACCGUGCCGGUGAGCUGCUCCUGUAGUAAAACCGUCUUGGUGGUGCCUUGUGGGAGAGAGAAGAGCACCAAACCCCCCCGAUGUAAAGAACUGUGCAGGCGCCCCCCAGAGUGUCACCACCCGUCACUCCAGUCGCACCGCUGUCACCCUGGUCCCUGUCCGCCCUGCACUCUGCCCUGCGACCGCGCUCUGAGAGGCUGUGACCACCACUGCCCCAGGCCCUGCCACGACCGUGUCCUGGUCCAGUCACAGCAGGUGCAGUUGGCUGGACCCUGGGAGCAGCCGUCUAAGCCUGCCUUUGAGAAGAAGGCUCUGCCCUGCGCUCCCUGUCAGGUCCCCAUCCCAACGUCAUGUUUUGGAGGCCAUGAGGUGAGUCCUGUGCCGUGUCACCGCCGCGGCCCGUUCUCCUGCGGACGGCAGUGUGGAUGCCCUCUGACCUGCACCAACCACAGCUGCAGCCGCCCCUGCCACCCGGUCGCCCCCGGCAACAAGUGUGAGGAGUGCGAGUUGGGCUGCCUGAAGCCACGCCCCCUGGGCUGCCCUCACUCCUGCUCCAAGCCCUGUCACAGCGGCCCCUGUCCCCCCUGCCCCCAGACCCUCCGCCAGCGCUGCCACUGCAAGAUCAGCUGCCUCUACAUCGCUUGCACAGAGUGGACUGCAGCCGACGACGGGACAAAGACCAAACUCUGCUCCUGCAACAACCAGUGUCCCAAACAGCUGAGUUGUGGCCAUCGCUGUAGACUGCUGUGUCAUCCAGGAGACUGUGAGGCUCAGUGUUUGCACAAGGUCAAACUGCGCUGUCCCUGCAGACGACUCAAGAAGGAGGUGCAGUGCCACUUGUCGGCUCAGACUCGGCUUCAGUGCGACAACACGUGUAAAGAGCAACAGAAGAAGGUGACACAGGUUAAGGAGGCGGAGCUUAAGGCGGUAGAGGAGGAGGAGCUACGCAAACAACAGGAGGAGCUGGAAGCCUUCGAGAGGCGCCUUAAAGGGGCAGGACGCAGGAACAAGCGCAAGAGGAAAGGGGAGGAGUCUGAGGAUGGGGGGCGGGGCCUGUGGGCCCAACGAGGCCUCUCAUUGGUCUUGCUGUCCCCGGUGGCUCGGGGGCGUGUCUUCUCCAAGUGUGUCCUCGCGCCCUCUCCACGCGCUAACACACGAGUCUCGCGCUGCAGCAGCUCGUGUGGUGCGCGCGAGCCCAUGCAGCACAGCUUCAGCAGCGAGUCGUGUGGUGGAAGUGGGAGGGGCAUGGGUCGCAAGGGGGUGUGUCCAGACAAACUGGGCUCGGCCAAUCACCUACGGCGCCUGCUCUACAUCCUGGUCCCCACAGUGAGUCUGCUGACGGCUGUGCUGCUGCUGGCUCUGGCCCUGACAGGGAUGCUGGGCAGUGGCUUGUUGAGCUCCAGUCCUUUGCCGUCGCCUAAGCCUUUGACUGAAGAUGAUGUCACAACAACAACCCCCACCCCCUCCUCCAUCAGCCAAAUCCUCAUCACCCAAUUAAAAACUAAAGCUGCUUCAUCGGCCGCAGUCAUUGGACCAGACCUCACAGAGACCACACCCCCUCCCACAGAGCCGCCAUUGGAUUGGCUGACCACAGUAACGUCACUCAGCACAAUUUCUUCAUUGACUUUCACUACCAACGCACCGGCCUCUGAUUUUAACGGUAGCUGUCAGCUGAUCCAGGAGCCGCAGUGUCACAUGUUGCCGUAUAAUCAAACAUUUCUGACAUCAUCUCUCAACGUCGUCAAGAGUUCAGAGGUCGAUAUGCUGUUGAGGUUUUUCAGUUACUUGAGCCGCCUCUCGUGCUACAGACACAUCAUGCUGUUCGGCUGCUCACUCGCUCUACCCCAGUGUGUUCAUCAUGGAGACGACAGACGCCUGGUCCUCCCCUGCGAGUCAUUCUGUGAAGCGGCACGUCUCGGCUGUGAACCCGUCCUCCACAUGUUCAACGCCUCGUGGCCCGAAUUCCUGCGCUGCUCCCAGUUCAGCUCCUCCUCUGCACCCUCCUCCUCACCGUCUCCAGCCUCCUCUUCAUCAUCCACACCCUCCUCUCCAUCACUGUCACCUCCUCCGACAGCAUCAUCGUCAUCAUCAGUCUCUAUUUGCUACUCCCCCCGGAAUGUCAAGGGCAAAACAUCGGUGUGCGGUGGUCAGGAUCACUUCCUGUGCUCCAGUGGGAUCUGUGUUCCUCAGAAACUUGUCUGUAACGGAUUUAACGACUGCGACGACUGGAGUGACGAGACGCCCUGUGAGUGUGCGGACUGGGAGUUCCGUUGUUCCACCGGACGCUGUGUGCCUCCUAGUUUGGUCUGUGACGGAUUUGACGACUGUGGAGACCUCAGUGACGAGAUGGGCUGCGAGUGUAACUUGACGCUGGAGCACAAAUGUGGAGAUGGACGAUGUGUUUCCAAAGAGUGGGUCUGCGACGGAGACUUUGACUGCGGCGACAAGAGCGACGAACACAACUGCUCGUGUAAGAGUCAGGGUUUGUUGGAGUGUCGUGACGGUCAGUGCAUCCCGUCGGCUUUUCGCUGCGAUGGAGAAAACGACUGCAAAGAUGGCAGUGACGAGGAGCAGUGCCACGGGGAGCAGACUGGGGUGGUGUCAUGUCCGCCGGGUGAGUCCAGCUGCACUUCCUCCUCCUGCUCAGCAUGUGGCGCCAACGAAGCAUGUGACACUCGCAUCAACAACACCUCAUCCCACCGGCGCAACAACUGCUCCCAGUGUGAGCCCAUCACUCUGGAGCUGUGCCUAAACUUGCCGUAUAACCACACCACGUUCCCCAACUUCCUGGGGCACCACUCACAGCGGGAGUCGGCCGUGUCUUGGGAGGCCUCUCUGUUCCCGGCACUGGUUCAGACCGGCUGCUUCCCAUUUCUCAUGUUCUACGCCUGCAGCCUCCUCGUGCCCAAGUGUGACCCCAGCACUGCCCAGAGAGUCCCCCCCUGCAGGUCUCUGUGUCGCGGGGCGAAAGAUCGCUGUGAGUUGGUGUUGGGAAUCGUGGGUCUGCAAUGGCCCGAGGACUCGGACUGCUCACAGUUCCCCGAGGAGGACGAGGGCGCCCCCUGCCUUCUGCCAGUGGACGGCACUGACGAGUGCUCCCCCAGUCACUUCAAAUGUCGCUCGGGACGUUGUGUUCUGGCGACAAAACUCUGUGACGGACAUUUGGACUGUGAUGACCAGAGCGACGAAGAUCACUGCGGCUGUUCUGAGCGUGCUCUGUGGGAGUGUCCCGGCAGCUCCGUGUGUAUAAAACCCUCAAUGAUCUGUGAUGGGAUCCCAGACUGCCCCCUGCAGCUUGACGAGACCAACUGCACCGUGUGCAGUGAUAACGAGCUCUCCUGUAACAACCACGAGUGUGUCCACCGGACUUUGUGGUGCGACGGCAAACAGCACUGCUCCGACAGCUCUGACGAGUGGGACUGUGUCUCCCUGGAAGACCGGUCUGGCCAGGUUUUGACGGUGCUUCGGUCCGGGGCUGAGUACCAGGUCUGUGCCGACGAAUGGACCCAAGACCUGAGUGAGCUGACCUGUCGACAGCUCGGGCUAGGAGUCCCCUCCUCGGUGAGUGAAGUCCCGGAUCAGGCUGGAGUCCAGGGCCGAAGACGCUGGCUCCACGUUCAUCCGGAGUUCAACCACAAGAAUACCACCGCUCUGCAGGGAAGACUGGAGAAGAGGAGUCAUGCCUGUCACACCCGGAGGAGAGUUUCAGUGCUUUGCUCCCAAGAAGACUGCGGUGAGCGUCCUGCAGUGGCCACAGCCUCUGUGCGUCAUCGACACAAGAGAAUUGUGGGAGAUGGAGUCUCUUCUCACAAACACAAUAGCUCCCACCACAGACAGAGAACCACAGAACCCCACCAUCCCUACUACAACAGCACCAAUGAUGCCGCACUGCCCCACGGGAUUGUGGGAGCUGUAGUCCACAGGCAGAAGCGUAUCCUGGGGGGGCGUGUCUCUCGAGUGGGGGCGUGGCCGUGGCAGUGCUCCCUGCAGAGUGGGACCAGUGGACAUGUUUGUGGAUGUGUCCUAAUCGCGAGGAGGUGGGCUCUGACUGUGGCCCACUGCUUUGAAGGGCGAGAGACCGCAGAGCUGUGGAAGGUGGUCCUGGGCCUGAACAACCUGGACCACCCCGGGACCCAGAGCCAGACCAGAGGAGUCCGGACCAUCGUAGUCCAUCCCAGAUACAACAGGGCUGUGGUGGACUAUGACAUCAGCGUGGUGCAGCUUGAGACCGAGGUGGAGGAGAGCGUGUUUGUGCGUCCAGUGUGUUUACCGUCCACUGACCAGCUGCCAUCUCCUGACUCCUACUGCUACAUCACGGGAUGGGGACACAUGGGAAACCGCAUGCCCUUUAAGCUCCAGGAGGGGGCAGUGCGUAUCAUCUCCAUGUCCCAGUGUCAGUCCUACUUUGACUCAAAGACUAUAACUCCCAGAAUGCUUUGUGCUGGAUAUGAUGCAGGCACAGUGGACUCCUGUAUGGGAGACAGUGGUGGUCCUCUGGUCUGUGAGGACCCGUCCGGCCGCUGGACCCUGUUCGGACUCACCUCCUGGGGCUCCGUCUGUUUCAGCAAAGUCCUGGGUCCUGGAGUCUACAGCAACGUCACCCACUUCACCCAAUGGAUCCAACGGCAGAUCUACAUCCACACCUUCAUCAAGGACUGA